AAUGGAGUGAAGCCUGCGCUAUGUUAAUCCCUGCUUCGGUCCAAUGAUCAAUGCAGGAAAACAGCACGCUGUGAAAAUUUACCACUGAAGAUCAAUAGCCCCCAGCUACCCGACUGUAUUAAAGAAUGGUGAAUAACACUGAAGACCCCCAGGAGGCUUUAUAACGUCCCAUCCCCAUGUAAAGUAUGCUCAGAACUUUUCCAGUAGUUCUGCUGGAAACCAUGUCUCACUACACAGAUGAGCCAAGAUUUACCAUAGAGCAAAUAGACCUGCUUCAGCGCCUGAGACGUACAGGAAUGACCAGACAUGAGAUCCUCCAUGCGCUGGAAACCUUGGAUCGUCUUGAUCAAGAGCAUAGUGACAAAUUUGGGAGAAGGUCUAGCUACGGAGGUGGUUCCUACAGCAACAGUACCAACAAUGUCCCAGCAUCUUCCUCUACAGCCACAGCUUCAACACAGACCCAGCAUUCGGGGAUGUCCCCAUCACCUAGCAACAGUUACGACACCUCCCCACAGCCUUGCACUACUAAUCAGAAUGGGAGGGAGAGUAACGAGAGGUUGUCUGCAUUCAACGGGAAGAUGUCCCCUACCCGUUACCCACUUGCAAACAGCUUGGCUCAAAGGUCAUACAGUUUUGAAGCUUCUGAAGAGGACUUGGACAUUGAUGACAAAGUGGAGGAACUGAUGAGGAGGGACAGCAGUGUGAUAAAGGAGGAAAUCAAAGCCUUUCUAGCCAAUCGGAGAAUUUCCCAAGCAGUCGUUGCACAGGUAACAGGUAUCAGUCAGAGCCGGAUCUCCCAUUGGCUGUUGCAGCAGGGGUCGGACCUGAGUGAGCAAAAGAAAAGGGCAUUUUACAGAUGGUACCAGCUUGAGAAGACAAAUCCUGGGGCUACGUUAAGCAUGAGACCCGCUCCUAUCCCAAUAGAAGAGCCAGAAUGGAGACAGACGCCUCCCCCAGUCACAGCUACCUCUGGGACCUUCAGACUACGGCGAGGCAGUCGGUUCACAUGGAGAAAGGAGUGCCUGGCUGUUAUGGAAAGUUACUUCAAUGAGAAUCAAUAUCCUGAUGAGGCAAAGAGAGAAGAAAUUGCUAAUGCCUGUAAUGCAGUUAUACAAAAGCCAGGAAAAAAGUUAUCGGAUUUGGAGCGAGUUACCUCCCUUAAAGUAUACAAUUGGUUUGCCAACAGAAGAAAGGAAAUCAAGAGAAGAGCCAAUAUCGAAGCAGCAAUCCUGGAGAGCCAUGGAAUAGAUGUACAGAGUCCGGGCGGUCAUUCCAACAGCGACGAUGUUGAUGGCAACGACUAUUCAGAGCAGGACACUUGGCAAGUACGCAAUGGGGAGGAGGAGGGAAGAUGUUCAGAGGGAGGCAGAGAAGCAGAGAAGGUAGAAGAAGACAGGAGGAUCUGCUCCAAACAAGCAAGUUACACCAUUCACGCCACACGCAAUGAUGACAGCACUAGCCAUAGUGACCAUCAGGACCCCAUUUCAUUAGCCGUGGAAAUGGCAGCAGUAAACCACACCAUCUUGGCAUUGGCCCGGCAAGGAGCCAACGAGAUCAAGACAGAGGCUCUAGACGACGACUGAUGCAGAGAAGGGGGAGGGUCAAAGCAAGAAGUAACUUAGUUUUAGACGUAGCACCUUAGCAGACUUUCCUCGGUCCUUAAUAUGUGUUCUUACAGUAUAACUUUGCAGUUUCUUGUACGUCAGUUAGCUGUUAGGGUCUUGUUCUGUGAAGAUGGCAUGGUGCCCUCAGCCUUUGCAUAUACUCUCUCAGUAUUAAUUCCCAAUAAAUAAUCAAUCAACCAACCAACCUCCCUCUCCCAGCCCCAAGUGGCUAGAAAAAUCUUGCUGCUCUGUCUUAGCAUUCAAAGUGCUUCCAGGUAUUUUAGACAGCCCUCAAUUACAAGUCUUAGGCUACACUUAAAACCUUGGAUACCCUUAGACAUCGUGUAAAAAUAGUCUGUACGCUUUUCCUUCUCUGAGACUGAAAGGAUGCAAGCUGAGGUAGUGGCACAGGGUCGAUGGACAUCAGAUUGGGAGUAUCAACAGAGAGUAAAAAGAACACUAGAAACCCCACUUCAGCCUGGGAAUAAAUAAUUUCCAGCUGCAAUAAGCCGUGCCUCACUGAUCAUACAGUGACUUGAUAUACUUUUGGGUGCUGUGCUGAGAAUGUCCAUUGGAAACACAUUCACAUAUUUUGGUUGAUGUUCACAUAUUCAACACAGACAUCCUCUACUCUCACAAGCUGCGUGGCUUGGUGGAUAAGUACUGCCUUCUGCCUCUGGGACCAUGAUUGAAGCCCAGCCUGGGAUCAUAUGAAAAAUGAGCUGAAUGUCUAAUGGACAACAGUCCACUUCUCAAAACCACUAUUCAUUAUUUGGCAUGGCUAGCAGUGCCUGCUCAGAAGAGGUCUAGACUCUAUUGAUCUGUCAUUAACAAUUUCGCGUUUUAUUCUUCCUCUCACCUUUUUUUGCCGCCCUCCCUCCCCACUUUGCCACUUUCAAAAGCAAUGUUUUCCAGGAAGGUAAUCAGGUCAUAAAAUGGGUGAGUGAAUUUUUACAAAUCUGUGUAUAACUAAUGCCUACAUUCUGACUAAGCCUGAAAGAUUAUUGGAGAACUUUUGCACCUGACCGUUGCUAAUUAACCAUCAUAGCAUAAAUAUUCUCCUAAAUAUGGACUUUUGGGUUUGUUUAAAGGCAGGAGGAUCUCUUACAUGAGAAAUGGGGUGUGAAUGUUUUGUGUUCUCUUUACUCUGUCCUUGUUAAGAUGUGAGAAAGCUAUACUGCUACGAGCAAUUUAAUUAAUAAUUGGAAGCCAUACUGAUAAUGGAUGUGGUAAUAUUUGUAAAGCAAACCUACUUUAAGUAGCAGAAACUAAUGGAAUAGUUUUCCUUGAUCAUAUGUAGCACUUUUGUUACUUUUUUCUUAAAGAUAUUUAUAUUUGAUAAGUCUUUUUUUUAUCAUUUGAGAAUUCAAAAUACCAAACAGCAAACUUGCAUUACAGAGUCACCCUGUGAUCACCUUGUCAUCUAGUAUCUAAAUGAUGAACUGUGAGUGCAUCUAAGAAAAUUACAUCUGCUGGCAUUGUGUGGAAAUGAUCUCCUGGCAUCCUGAUAAAAUGAUAUGUUGCUGCCGGUAAGAGGAAACAUUUCAAUGGAAACAGCACGGGAAGCGUUAGAGACGGGCAGGACUGCGUUACGUUAGAAAAAGAAGAAAACUGUGUAAAUUUUUGUAUGUAGCUAUAUAAAAAUUUCCAUAGUGUUUCUACAACAUUCCAUUUUAUCUUCCCCGUUGGCGUGGGAGUAGCGUGAGAGGGGACGAUAGCUCGGUUCGGACGGAUGGGUUUCCUUUUUUUCUCCUGUGCGCUUGCGAAGGUGGAGGAAAAGGUGGGAAGUUGCUCUGCCGUGGUUUGCUCGCAUGCCUCCUCCCUUCCUCGCCCUUGGCUACCAGGUAGCCUUGCAAACUCUGCGAACGGGGCUCGUCAGCGCGUUUUUAGCCAGCCUAAACCCCUGCAAGGCACAGGCUAAACUAGAUCAUCUUCACAUCUGUUAAUCUUGCGAAAAUCGCUUAGGUGAGCGUGGAGGAGAUUUUGUGCGUUCAGAGGGCACGGAGUUGGCACCUCUUUGUCUCGGUACCUUCGAAGAUAUAUAGGUAGGGCUUGGCCCCGUCUUUCAUUUAUGGAUUUCAUUGGAAAAUUUAUGUGCUUUCCUCAGAUAUAGAUCGCUGGAGCAGAAUGAAGCCGUCCUUUUCUGUUUUAUUACCUUUCUUGAGUAGGCAAAUUCAUAAGUAGCAUCAGGGCAGACUCAGGAAAGAAAGAAAUUGGAUCAGCUACUAUUGCACCAAUGUAGGUUUUUUUUUUAAUUAUUUUAUUUUUUUAGUGUGUAUAUCAAGAGUGUUAUGGUGCUAAGGAGUGAAAGGAGGUGGGGGGAGCUUUUAUUUCUAUUUUUGCACAGCAGAAUGAUUGAGCAAAAACUAUAGCCUUAGUGGAAUUUUACCUACUUAUUCAUACUACAGUCACACACCAAGCUGACAAGCAACAUCCACGAUUUAUUGUAAGGAGAUUUUAAUAAUCGAUGGCCUCUUUAUGUUGGGAUUGCCACCACCAUUUGUUCUGGCUGUUUCAUUUUAAAAAGAACAGACUCAAACUGUUGGACAGCUGCAAUUUUAAAAGAAAUAUUGCUUACUAUAGCAUCUAAAAAAAAAAAAGUCAUUGUUUCCAGUAUUACCUUUUUAAAGCAAUAGGGAAGAAUAAAAACAGGGCUAGAAUGUCUAGAUCCUAAAUACUGGUCCAUUUGAUGCAAGAUCAAAGUAACACUGCUAAAAUUGUAUAUUUAUGCCAUCUAAUGUAGAAUAAGCUGGCCUUAAUUCUGUCAGUCACUGUCAGAUACCUGCGGGUCUCAUAAUGCAUCAGGAUCCAGCCUGAAGGUUAAACACAUAAAACACUUGUGAACGUCUGGAGAUUGGCAGAUCCUCCUCGGCUGUAGCUUCCUGGUAAACAGCAGCUUGUCACUCUCCUCACCAGAAGGAUAACAAACCUGGGGAAUCAGUCGUGUCAAACAGCCGACGCUUAGUUCCGUGGUGGGUUUGGGGGUUUUUUCAGCUGGCUUUGCCCCUGUCUGUUUUGGCUUUUCUUUGGCCAAGAGGUACGAGGAAAGAGUUAGAUUUUGACUGUCAUCAGGAUGCUGAUGGCAGCUUAUUUUCUUUAUUCUGGAAGUUCAUAGUGACAAUUCAGUUGACUGAUAACUUUCCAGUUUGAUGUGAAUGAGCUUGAGUGGAGCAAACACUGGUGAGAUGGUGUCAGGAGAAACGCUCCAGAUCUUGAGUAGCUGUGAGAAUUGGUGGAGUGAGUGUCCUGGAGUUCAGCCUUUGCUCUAGGUGUGUUUCCACAGUAUGGAAGUCCUGUUUGUGUUUCUGUCUCUGGAUUUUUAUGAAAGUUGAGCCUCUUUUGUGGCAUUACAUUACAGUAGCAACUUAUUGUAACCGUUUUGAAAUUACUGCAAUUUGUCCUCGUGUGUUUUCCAUUGAAAUGGAUCUGGUGGCAGAUUAGAGCUACCUGUUUGUUCUGUGAAUAGCGAAGAAGAUACUCAAAAUACUCUUCUCCUGUAAUGUGCACAGAUUGCUUUUAACUUUGUAGAAUAAGUUCUGGUUGGUGUUUUGUGGCUCAUGAUGUCCUUAGUACUUGAGUCAUUGUCUCCCACCAUCUUUUUAAAACAACAAUUUCUACCUCCACUUUUUUAUAUUGUUUUGAAUUCUCCCUGUCUUUUUCCUGAAGUGUGACAUCCCAGAUACUUGCAAAAGCUCAGUUAGCUGAUGAAAAUAAACAGACAUAGCAACAAGCAGACAUAUGAUUCUUUGUCACCCUGGAGUUGUAGAGACAUCUUCUAAUACCCUACAAACAGGCACGUUGUUAUAGCAUAAUUCCGUUACUCAUAUAUUGGACAUGGCUGAGUUGACCGUGAGUCAGCAGCAUGUUCUUGCAGCAGUUAAGGCUAACAGCAUAGGGGCUGCGUUAGGAAGAGCAGUCAGCAGGUCAAGGAAAGUGAGCAGUGCCUUCUCUCCAUAAUUUGUUAGACCACAUGUGGGGUACUGGUCCGGUGUUGGACAAACAGGAGGACGUUCAUCGUAGGGCCACCACAGGCUGCUGCACGUGCCAGGCAAUGAGAUGCUGAGAGAGCUGCGUUUGUUCGGACUGGCUUGGGGGAGGAUCUUGUUUUGGUCUUCAGCUAUCUUGUGGAUGGUUUAAGUAAAAAACAGAGCCAGAUUGUCAGAGGCACCUAGAAAAUGAUGACAGGCAACGGGCACGGGUUGCAUUAAGGAAAACUCCAGGUGAAUCUAAAGAGAAAAAUGUUCACACUGAGGAUGGUCAAACAGUGGGACUGCAGCCAGAAAGGUAAUGGGAAAAGUCAACUGGACAAGGUUGGGGGCAUAGAGACCCCCAGAGGUCCCUUGCAACCCAAAUUAUUCUAGGAUUCUGGAUAUAGUUGCUCAGAUCAAGAAGGUGUUUUCUAGUUCUGAUUUCUAAGUUAACCUGUUUAAAGAUAUUCUGUUUUUUUUUUAUUUCACCUAUUCAUAAAAAGUUAUUU